GACGCGUUCCGUGACGUUACGUGGGUGUAUGUGGGCUCCGAAAAGUCCCAAACGGUCUUAAAAGCAAGUGCUCUAACAGUGUUACAAAGAAAAGCCAGCCAGAUAAAUGUUAAUGAAAUUCACUUUCAAUUAUUCUUUAUUUUGAAGUUCAAGUGAAUAUUCUUUUCUUGUGAAGUGAAGUCUUUUAUUCUACAGCUGAUCCGCACUUUCAGCUUGGCAUUAUAUAAUCGCAUUGCAGCGGACUGUAAUUAAAAUUGUUAAUUGCUUGUGAAAGAUUUAAUAAGCGGUGCGAGUCGACCUUGACAGUGCUAAGUAUAUACUAUCUAGAUCUCAAUUGUUGGAUUAGCAAAACAUGUGGAAUGGACUCAUUUUCAUGUGCUCCACAAUGUGGACGCUGGCUCUAGUCUGUGGCAAUCCACAACUCCAACUGCCCACGCCACAGCCGGAGAUCUUCUACAAUGGCUACACGCCCAAUGUGGCAACCACGCCCGCUCAGCUGCGAGCUGAUCGCGAUCGUAGCCAACGCUAUGGACCGCCCUAUGCGGAUGAUGGGGGCGGAGGAGGCAGUAGCAGCAGUAGUGAUGAUGGACUGGACGAUUUUAGGUACGGUCAGACCUAUGACGAACGUAUGCGUUUGGGUUACGCCUAUCCCACGCCCCGUUUGAACUUCAGUGAUCGCGUCAAUGACUCACCGUUUAGUGGCGGGGAUGCCAAUCGAUAUGCGAAUCACAACUAUGGUCCCACAUCGAGCACUGAUCGCAAUUACAACGAUUUCAACAAUCUGAAUAAUAAUAACUAUAGAAUCGAUGGAAGGGUGAAUGAUCAGUACAACUACAACAACAAUCCGAAUGUGGAAUUUGUGAAUGUGAAUCAACGCAAUCGUUUCGAGAAUCCCUAUUUACCCAAUCAGGAUAGAUUCAAUCUGAAUCAGCAGUACGGAGAUCGUCAGCGCUAUCAACAGGAUCGUCGCCAUCAGCAGGAGUUGGAAAAGUUGCGUAAUCUUCUAGUCGAAACGGAUCAAAAAGGCUCCUUGGAGUGCACCGCCAAUGUGGCGGCUCAAUGGAAUUUCGAGACAAAUGUUAACGAUUUUACCCAGUCGGAAGCGCUAAAUGCCCAGCAACGUUAUGUGGAGUAUCAGCGCAUAACAGCUGAACAAUCGAAACAUAUCAACAAAGAUCUCAUAUUCGAUAGACGACUAUAUCGACAACUGAUGCUGCAAUCGGAAGUGGGACCUAAUGCGCUGCCACUAGAUGUUCUCGAUAGAUACAAUCGACUGUUGAAUGAAAUGCUCUUCCUGUAUAAUGGAGCCAGCAUUUGUGCGUAUCAACAGCCUUUCCAGUGCGAUUUGCAUUAUAUACCCAACUUGAAGGACAUUAUGGCCAAGAGCAGAGAUUGGGAUGAACUGCAGCACACCUGGGUGGAGUAUCACCGCAAAGCUGGGCGUGGCAUGCGCGACAACUACGAACAGCUGAUCGAUGUGAUGCAGGAGGUGGCCUAUGUAAACAAUGUUACCAACGGAGGCGAGUACUGGUAUUUGGCCUAUGAAUCGGGUAACUUUCGACAGGAUAUGGAUAUUGUUUGGGAGCAGAUUCGUCCGCUUUAUGAGCUACUUCAUUCGUAUGUGCGUCGCAAGCUGAGGGAUUAUUAUGGUCCUGAUCGGAUUAAUCGCAUUGCUCCGAUUCCCUCGCAUAUAUUGGGCAAUAUGUACGGUCAGUCCUGGUCGAAUGUAUUGGACAUUAUAAUACCCUAUCCGGGUCGAAAGCUGAUUGAUGUGACGCCUCGCAUGGUGGAGCAGGGCUACACACCGCUGCUGAUGUUCCAGCUGGCCGAGGAGUUCUUUACUUCAAUCAAUAUGUCCGCAGUGGGUCCGGAAUUCUAUAGAAAUUCCGUAUUUGAACAGCCACUCGAUAGACGGGUGCUGUGCGAACCUUCUGCCUGGGACUUUUGCAAUCGUCACGAUUUUCGCGUCAAGAUCUGCACAGACAUCAAUCAGCGCAGUCUGAUCAGUGUGCAUCAUGAGAUGGCACAUAUUCAGUACUUCCUGCAGUACCGCCAUUUGCCCAAGAUCUUUCGCAAUGGCGCUAAUCCCGCCUUCCAUCAGGCGGUGGGCGAUGCGAUUGGUCUCUCAGUUUCCACACCGAAGCAUUUGCAGACCUUAGGGCUGCUUCAACGCUCUCUGGAUGAGUCCAGCUACGAUAUUAACUAUUUGUUCACGAUGGCCAUUGACAAGAUUGCAUUUCUUCCCUUUGCCUUAACCUUGGAUAACUGGCGUUACGACAUCUUCAGCGGCAACGUGAACAAGCGAAUUAUGAACUGUCACUAUUGGAACUUACGUGAGAGAUAUGCGGGCAUAAAGCCACCUGUUCUACGUUCCGAGCAGGACUUUGACUUGGGUGCGAAGUAUCAUAUUCCCGCUAAUAUACCUUAUGUUAAAUACUUUUUCUCCACGGUGCUGCAAUUUCAGCUUUAUAGACGCAUGUGCCUUGCCGCCGGUCAAUAUGUGCCCAACGAUCCGAGAAAACCAUUGCACAAAUGCGACAUCUAUCGGCAGCCAGCCGCAGGCAAUAUACUCAAAAACCUUAUGUCGAAGGGCGCUUCACAGCCUUGGCAAGAGGUGUUGGAGGAGACGUUGGGCGAGGGCCGCUUGGACGGAAGUGCACUGAGAGAGUACUUUGCACCCUUGGAGGAAUGGCUGCGCCUGGAAUCGCUGCGAACGAAUGAAUAUGUGGGCUGGAAUUAUGAUGGCGAUUACUGUAAACGUAGCAUCGAAACAGCCGGACUGCAGAUAUUUGGUGGCUACUAUAAUGGAGUGAGCAGAUCGGAGGGCAGUAUUAUAAUGCUGAUUCUCACGAUCGGACUGUGGUUGCUAACAGUCUAAGUACAAUCAGUCUAAGUUUAACAGUCAAACGCACUUAUUUUUGUUGUAAUAUAUUAAUUUCCGCAAAACUUCAAGUUGCACAUAUCGCUGAUUUCUGGCCGUGUUGAACUUGAAUCAAUGCCAAAAACAAUUCUAAAUCCAAUAAAAAAAAAACUAAACACACACAUAAACAAAAAACAA